CUCGCUACUAGAACCCUCAUUGAAACCCUAGCUAACGUUUCUACUCAGUAUUAUCCACCACCACAGUCACCACCACCGUCGCCACCACCACCGCCGCCGCUGUCUAACGAUCACCGAAUCUCUAUAACAUCUUAGCGGUUCGGUGAUUCCUCACUUCAGGUUGUGUGUUAUUGUGUUAAUCUAGGGUUUUUUAACAAGUUUUGGUUCCGAAUAGUGCGAAAUUGUUGAAGAAGAGUGAUAAUAUGGCUCGAAAAGGUUUAAUGGAGCAGGAUUUGAGCAAGCUGGAUGUAGCGACGCUGCAUCCGCUUUCUCCGGAGGUUAUAUCUCGCCAGGCUACGAUUAAUAUUGGUACUAUUGGUCAUGUGGCUCAUGGAAAAUCAACAGUUGUAAAAGCCAUAUCUGGUGUGCAGACUGUUCGAUUUAAAAAUGAAUUGGAACGUAACAUCACCAUUAAGCUUGGGUAUGCCAAUGCAAAGAUAUACAAAUGUGAAGAUGAAAAGUGUCCUCGGCCUAUGUGUUACAAAGCCUAUGGAAGUGGGAAAGAAGAUAGCCCUCCUUGUGACGUGCCUGGAUUUGAGAACAGCAAGAUGAAGUUGGUGAGGCAUGUUUCUUUUGUUGACUGUCCGGGACAUGAUAUUCUCAUGGCUACUAUGCUUAAUGGAGCUGCAAUCAUGGAUGGAGCAUUACUUCUCAUAGCCGCAAACGAAAGCUGUCCCCAACCUCAAACUUCUGAACACUUGGCUGCUGUGGAAAUCAUGAGGCUCCAACAUAUCAUAAUCCUUCAAAAUAAGGUUGAUCUAAUUCAAGAAAAUGUAGCCAUUAAUCAACACGAGGCAAUUCAGAAAUUCAUUCAGGGAACGGUUGCUGAUGGUGCACCAGUCAUCCCAGUGUCUGCUCAGCUUAGGUAUAAUAUUGAUGUUGUUUGCGAAUACAUAAUCAAGCGGAUUCCCAUUCCUGAGAGAAACUUCAUAUCACCUCCAAACAUGAUAGUAAUCCGUUCAUUUGACGUUAACAAACCUGGAUCUGAGGUUGACGAGAUCAGAGGUGGUGUCGCUGGUGGAAGUAUUCUCAAGGGUGUGUUGAAGGUAAAUCAGAAUAUUGAGGUCCGUCCAGGGAUUGUUGUUAAAGACGAGAGUGGCAACAUCAAGUGCACCCCGAUUUACUCUAGAAUAGUGUCGCUAUAUGCAGAGCAGAAUGAGCUUCAAUAUGCUGUACCUGGAGGUCUUAUUGGAGUUGGAACAACAAUGGACCCUAUGUUGACCCGUGCUGAUCGGUUGGUGGGUCAGGUUCUUGGUGAAGUCGGGUCUCUUCCCGAUGUUUAUGUCGAACUAGAGGUGAACUUUUUUCUUUUGCGUCGGCUGCUGGGUGUGAAGACAAAAGGAACAGAAAAGCAGGGUAAGGUAUCAAAGCUGUCGAAGGCAGAAAUACUGAUGCUUAACAUAGGAUCUAUGUCUACUGGGGCGCGCGUUUUGGCGGUCAAGAAUGAUUUAGCAAAACUGCAGCUGACAUCGCCCGUGUGUACUAGCAAAGGCGAGAAGAUUGCUCUGAGCAGGAGAGUUGAGAAGCAUUGGCGACUGAUCGGUUGGGGACAGAUUCAAGCGGGUCUAACUCUUGAAAUCCCACCUUGCCCUAUUUAAACACACAUUUGGAUUCCAGUUUUGCCUCUACUUUAUUCUUAAUUUUUAUUUCUUGGUUUUGCAUUCGAUUUUCGUCUUUUUGUGAUUUUACACUAUUUUUAACUUGUUCAAACAAAUACUUUUUCAUGGUGUUUGAUGAAAUGAUCAUAAGACGUGUACCUUUCACCUUUAAUCACUUUUAUUGUUUUGUGA